AUUAUUCCCUUUUGGUGAUCUCGAAAAUUUACUACGGUUGUCGGUUUUUAAUAAGUAUUUCGUCGGUACCUAAUAAAAUAAGCUAACCUAAUCUGACUUCGAACGAUACUUGAUGCGUGUCAUGUGGCGCGUGGUUUCAGCGAACAUACAUAUUCACGCUUAUCGAAUACAUAAAUCAAUCGUAAGAUUAGCGGACGUUCGGUACGGUGUUUUGCCGAUUUUUCUGAUUUUUUAGAAGGGAGCCUAAAUUGUCGUCGAUUAGUGACGAUGUUGCAAAGUGUCUUGAAAUCGAAGUUCGGCUAUGAGGAUUUUAAAAACGACAUUCAGAAACAGGCCACUACUACUAUUCACAAAAGAAAGCAAGAUGUAUUUGUAUGCAUGCCGACGGGUUCCGGGAAAUCUCUCUGUUUUCAAUUACCAGCAAUAAUGAUGGAAAAGAAAGUCGCAAUUGUCUUUUCACCCCUCUUGGCCCUGAUGAAGAAUCAAAUAGACUUCUUGUUGAGCAAGAAAAUAAAUGCCUGUUCUUUGAAUUCGACCACUUCCAGCAAAGAGAGGAGUAUUAUUAUGAAGGAUUUACUAUCAGAUGCACCUAAGAUAAAAUUAUUAUAUGUCACUCCUGAAAUGGGAGCGCAACAACAUUUUCAGGAAACAAUAACUCAAAUGCAGAAGAAAAAAACACUCUCUUAUUUCGUUAUUGACGAAGCUCAUUGUUUGAGCGAGUGGGGUCAUGAUUUUAGGCCAACUUAUAGACAAUUGGGAAUAUUCAAAAAAUUAUGUCCCAAAAUACCUAUGAUUGCAUUAACGGCGACUGCUGCGAAACAGGUAAAGAAUGAUAUUCUUCAAAGCUUGUACAUUAAAGAUGCAAAAAUAUUUUCUCAGCCAGUAUUUCGUUCUAACUUAUAUUACGACGUAUGGUUUCAAGAUGUAUUAGAUAAACCAUUUAUGCAUCUAAAAAAUUUUAUUUUGGAUGCACUUGGUCCCACAGAUAAUUCUAUUCCUAUGCACAAAAGAAAUUGUGGUAUCAUUUAUUGUAGAAAAAAGGAAGCAACUGAAGUUGUUGCACAUAAAUUGACUCUUGCUGGUAUUACCACACUUGCGUAUCACGGAAGCUUGAAAACUCAGGAACGUAACGAAGUACAAAAUAAGUGGACGUCAGGUGAAGUACCAGUCAUCGCGGCAACAUGUAGUUUCGGGAUGGGCGUUGACAAGGGAUCUGUUAGAUUUGUGGUUCAUUGGACAAUACCUCAGAAUAUUGCAGCAUAUUAUCAAGAAUCAGGAAGAGCUGGCAGAGAUGGCAAUCCAGCGUUCUGCAGGAUUUACUUCAGUAAUGAAGAAUAUGGACCUAUUUCAUUUCUUAUCAAAGAGGAGAUCGCCCAUAAGAAUUCGGAACUUGUGAAAAAUAAGUGGCAAAAUUUUGAGAAAAGCGUCGCAUAUUGCUUGGAAGCGAAAUGUCGACAUGGAGUAUUCUCUAAAUAUUUCGGAGAUUCUCCACCGCCUUGCAAGAAUAGAUGCGAUAUUUGUAAAACUAAAGAUGAGGUACUAGCAAGAAUUGCUCAAUUCGAAAUGUGUCAGAUUAAAUCUAAAAGAUCCCGGAGUAAUAUGGGUAGUGUAAUGCAAAUGAAUCAGAGUGAUGAUGAAAUGGAUUUUGAUGAACCACAAGAAUCAAGGGAGAAAUUAAUAGCAGCUGAAAAACGAGAAAGAAAAGAACUUAUUAUGGAACAGUUUGCACUUCGACGUGGUACAUCUAAAGAAGAUGAAGUGAGACGGCAAAAUAUUAAGGACGCGAAAGUAGCGCAUGUUCGUGCAGCCAGUAGUACAGAUAAGAAGAUAAAAGGUUUAACUGUUCAAACGCGAGAAUAUUUUUACAAUGAAUUAAAAAUGGCAUUAUUUGAAAAUUAUCAACAUUUACAUGCGGAAAUUAAUAAACUUCAGGAGAAAACUAUACAAGAUAUAGCUAAUAAUAUAGAAUACAAAAUAUUUUCCAAUACCAAAGUACCAAAUAAAUACAAAUUUGACAUGUCUAAAUUGAUUUCAUCGGUACGAAAAUGUACUGAUAAUAAUACCAUGUAUGAAGCAAUACGUGAUUAUAAUGAAACUGAAUCCCAUAAUAUUGAAUUUAAUAAUUCUAACAGUAUGGAUAUAUCUAGUAAUGAACAAAUAACAGAUUUUACGGAAAUAGCAGAAUUUACGGAAGAUGCUCAUCAGUUGAAUAAAUAUAAUAAAAAAACUUUUCCUACCACUUUUAAAACUGCAUUAGAGAUUAUAAAUGAGGAAAGGUUACGAGAAUCUACAUCAAAUAUAAAUAAAAAGACUCAAUCUAAAGAAUCAUCUCUUAAUAACAGUAUACGAAAAAAUACAGAAGAAAAUGAUAAAUUACAGACGCAAUUUUCAAGUGGUUUUGUUUGUGCGCGAAAAAUUUAUGAACACAAUAUGUUGAAAUCUAAUACAAGUUCCUCUAAAUCAAAAACUCGCAAAAGCAAAACAGAUAAGAAUGUGAAAAAAACAGGUAAAACCGUUUAUGAGCAAAUUUUAACAUCAGCACAGUCAUCGAAAAAGGCUAUUGAUGAAGUGCCAGAUGUUACUUCUAAAACAGAAUUGAAAAUAGACAAUACCGUUGAGCAUGUUAAAAGUAAAAAUGAAAUUAAAAGUGAAAGUAAAAAGAGAGACUACAAGAUUAUUGAAUGUCAUGAAGAUAGCAUAGAACCUGUUAUAAAGAAAAGAAUUAUAAAUAAUGAACGUAGCGAUACAAUUAACAUUAAUAUAUCCGAUAAAAAUAUUGACAAAAAGAUUUUAGAUAGUAAAAUUGAUAAAACAACAACUAGAAAAAAAAGCACAGAUACCACUAAUAUUAAUGUGAUAAAUGAUGAUUCAUCAAUAAUGGAAGAUAAAAUGAAAAGACACUUGGAAACAAAAGCUAAUGUAGAAUUAAAGAAAAAAAAGAUUGCAUAUUUAUCUCAUUUAAAACAUGAAAAUAGCAAAAGUAAUGGUAAUAAAAUUAAAGUACCAGCGGACAAAGCUACGCAGUUCAAAACAGCGGAAAUUUUGAAGUCAUAUCUAAUGAAAUAUUAUCCAUCGGAACGUCUUCCGGAUAGAGCAACAUUUUCAAAAACUUGCAGGGAAAUGCAUUAUAAUAUGCUGAAGAAGAAAAUAUUUGAUAAAGAAGGAAUACGUAACUUUGUUGUAAACUUUAUGAGACGAUCUUAAAGGAGUAUUUAUUUCACAUUUAAUGUGUUUCUACUUUCUGUUGAUCAAAACGAAAAAUAAUGCUGUUUAUAAUCAAUGUGUUUAAUUAUGAAUAAAUUUCUGUAUAUGUAUCUAUAA